AUGACAGAAGUGAAGAUCACUAGAGGACACUCAUGCGUUCCGUGCCAGCACCGAAAGAUUAGAUGCAACGGCCAAACCCCAUGCGCGUACUGUAUCAGAACGGGUAAAGAUUGUGUGCGCAUGCGAUUGUCGCCACCUCACACACGAAAUGCCCGUUUGAAUCAUCGACGACUUGCAGCUGCGCAGACAAGCACUCCCAGUGGUGAUGGGCAGGUCAUCGUUAGUGGAGACCAGCGUCGCUAUGUUGAAGACAAUAAAUUGUGGAAAUCCUUGGGUGAUGAGAUGCAAGGCAGAGACGUUAGCCCAGAUCCAGAGCGUCAAUCUCUACGAACAAGAACUGACACGCCCUCAACUGAAGUAAACCUCAUCUUUGGCCAUCAAAAGUCAAAUUCUACUUCGGUUGUGUAUCCUUCAGCUGUGCACUCAUUUCAACUAUGGCAGGUCUUUAUCAGCAACGUCCAUCCUCUGACCAAGAUCCUCCAUGGCCCAACAGUUCAAAAAGACAUCCUUGAAACCUUUUCUGAACCAGCAUCAACUCCCGGCACUACAGAGGCCCUAUUAUUCUCCAUUUACCUUGUUUCUGUUGUGUCUUUGACGGAUACGGAAUGUCGCACAAGGUUUGGCGAGCCUAGAAAGGACCUGCUGGCUCGAUACUGUGACGCAACCGAAGUAGCGUUGAGCAAAGCCGAUUUCUUGAGGUCUACAGACCUGAGGGUGCUUCAAGCCUUCACUCUCUACCUGCUUUCCCUGCGUCAUAUCUGUGACCAUGAUAUUCUAUGGCUUCUGACAGGUCUUGCGACACGUAUGGGCCAGAGAAUGGGCCUUCAUCGUGAAAGCUCACUUAAAGACCUGCCCCCAUUUGAAGCUGAGUUACGCCGCAGAGUUUGGUGGCAGAUUGUGAUACUCGAUGGCCGAGCUUCACAAUUGACGGGUGCAUCCAUGAACCCAAACAUGCAACUCUAUGGAGAUACUCGGCAGCCAAUUAAUCUGAGCGACGCUGACCUUGUGCCAUCAGCAAGCACAAUACCACAGCCAUCACCCAUCACCACGGAUAUGCUGUUUUGCAAAGUCCGCAUUGAAAUCGGCGUGUGGAUGAUUCAACAAAAGUGUUUGCUCAGCUCCGAUUCAGAAUCGUCGGUCGCGGGCAAAGCCAAGUUUUUCAAAGCUAUCGACGAGCUUGAGCGUCAUAUUGAGGACAGGUAUCUUGUUAAUAUGGACAAGGAACUUCCACUCAACCUCUUGACGGCAUAUCUCGCUCGAUCUGCUAUUUGUCAGCUAAGGCUCUCAGUUUACCAUCCCAUUCAUCGACCUGAGAGGGCCUCUGAUUUGAAUGCUGAACAAAUUGAUAUGUUGCUUGAAAACAGCCUGGAAGUUAUACGAUAUGACAUUCUAUCGCAUUCAACUCCAGCGCUACAAUGUUACUUGUGGCAUAUUGCCAACUUCUUCCCAUUCGAGACAUUCGUCCUUUUGAUCAGUACUUUGUCUGGUCGUCCAGCAGGCCAAGUAGUUGACACUGCGUGGAAGGUGAUCGACCAAGUGUACGAACACCACCCCUCAUUCAUCUCAGAUACUGGAGACCCUUUAUACUGGGCUCUGGGUAAUAUUACCCUCAAAGCAUGGGAUCAAAGAGUUACAAGUGCUAGAACGAGAGGAAUUCCCGUUCCUCCAGAGUUAUCUUGCAUAACCAACCUUGUCCAUGCUCGAGCAACACUGGCCAGGGCAUCAUCACAACAGCCCUCCACGACCACAGACAUCUCUGGACCAGUUACGCCUCAGAGCUUACUCCAGGCACAGGAAAUGCCAGCGGGAUAUCUUGGUGAUUCAGGUGCGAUGAAUGACCUCGUAUCACAAGCGGACUUGGGCAUGACGACUGGGGAGGAUAUUCUUGGUAUGAUGAAGGGUGUUGAUGUUGACUGGGAUUUUUGGCAGCAAUUGUUGGAUGGAAACGGUCAUGAUGCACGGGCGAGAGAGGAUCAGGAGACAUUUUACUUUUCGUCGUUCAUAAAUAAGGCCUAA